AUGUUGAGGCGAAACUGCAUAAUAUUUGUUGUGUUCCUAUUGUUAGCACAAGAAGCUUCUUUCAUCGAGGCGAGGAUAUGGUAUGCCAAAACAAGUGUGGUGGUGAAGAAUGAGGUGGAAGGAGGGAGGAAACUAACACUUCAUUGUAAGUCUAGAGACAACGAUAUUGGGGCCUUUGUGCUGUUAACACAUCAAGGCAUCAAAUGGAGCUUUCGACCGAACAUCUUUAGAACCACUCUGUUUUAUUGCAGCGCUGAUUGGGGAGAGGGAGUUCAUUGGUUUGACAUCUACACUUGGAAGAGGGAUUACUUGCGGUGCACUUAUUGCCAAUGGAUAAUAAAGAAGAGCGGUCCGUGCCUUCUAGACCUUGGCACACGUAAGUAUGAUUUUUGCCUUCCGUGGCAUUAA